AUGAACAACCGAGAGGACGGCGGCGACGGCCAUGAGCAAGACGUAGUGAUGCCCGGAUUCCGAUUUCAUCCAACGGAGGAGGAGCUUGUGGAGUUCUACCUUCGGUGGAAGGUUGAGGGGAGGCGAUUCAACGUUGACUUGAUAACCUACCUCGAUCUCUACCGCUACGAUCCCUGGGAGCUCCCUGGUAAGGCGUUUAAGAUCACAAUCCUCCUCUCUCCCUCUCUUUUCCUCGACUCAAUCUUCUGCUCCCUCUUCGUCUUCUCUCCAAUCGUUAAAAGUUUCCGAGGAUCACGGGCUUUUGUUAUUUCUCUAAGUAAUUUUGUAUAAUUCAUGAAACUUCAAGCUGUGUUGUUCUUCUAUUGUUCAGAUUUUUAAGGAUCCCGGUCAUGGUUCUCCCUUUCUUAUACUGUAGAAGUCUCUCAGUUUCAUGUGGCGUAUUUCUUCUCUGCUGCUCCUCCUCCUGUUCCUCUUCCUCCAUCUUCGUAUUAUUCUUCUUCUCUUCAAGGGUUCAAAACUCUCGACGGUCACGGAAUUUCGUUCUCCUCUUAUAAUUUUCCUUGAACUCGCUCAGCGUCCACGGCGCACUUCUUUUUAUUCUUCUUCCCCUAAGUUGUUCACUUUUUCAAGGAUGCGAUAUUUUGUGGUCUUAUCUAUAUUUCCCUAAAGUCAGUCGGUUCUGAGCUCCGUAGUUUUUCUUCUCCUCCUCUUCGUUCUCCAUGUAUGGCUGUUGACAAGGUUAUUCAUGACAGCAUUUGCUACAAUCGGCGAGAAAGAGUGGUUCUUUUACGUGCCCAGAGACCGCAAGUAUAGGAACGGCGACCGGCCGAACCGCGUGACGACUUCCGGCUACUGGAAAGCUACUGGAGCCGACAGGAUGAUCAGGGCGGAGGGCUCGCGUCCCAUUGGCCUGAAGAAGACCCUCGUCUUCUACUACGGAAAAGCACCCAAAGGAGUCAGAACUUGCUGGAUCAUGAACGAGUACCGGCUACCCCACAACGAGUCAGAUCGGUCGAAGAAGGUGUUCACUCAUCCUCGACUCUUCCUCCGGGUUCUCUAUCCCUCCUCCCUCUACUGAGUGCUCCAGAAGCGUUUCUUCCUUAUUUCUUUGUUUUAAUUGAUCCUCGUUUUGACUGGGAUGAAUUCCAUUGAUCAUGCGCAGAAGAGAUGAAUUGAGAAAAACCCGUUUAAUCUUGGAAUAUCUUUGUAAGAUUCUCAUCAUUUACUGCAAAAAUAUUCUGAAGGAGAAAUACCGAUCACAAAAUUUGGUCGUAUAGAGUAUACUGACCGAUCUUUCACCCUUUUCUCUCUUUCUGUAUGUACAAAUUACGCAGAAAGCCGUAGAUUUCGGCAUUAUCUUUCCCUUCAUUAUCUCCGUGGGAUCUAAUAUUUGAAAAAACCCCAUUUUUUCAGGCAGAAAUCUCUCUGUGUCGAGUGUACAAGCGGGCCGGAAUCGCAGACCAUCAUCUACCUGGCACGAUUUCAUCGAAGCCUUCAACUUCAUCUAGAGCGAUGGGACCUGCCAAGAAACAAAGCCAUCCGGAGACGAACAUACACAGUCCAGCAGGAGAGUCUUCAUCCGACAAGGAGAAGAUGGGAUCGGCAUCGCCGGCGCCGCCAUUGUUGCAAACGUCAACGGCUUACAGCGCUGUAGACCCUGUGGUGGCGGCCCCUCUGAGCUCGACCACCACAGAAGAAGAUGCAACUCCGUUCCAACAGUCGAAGGACAUGGGAGAUCUCCUCCCACCACCUUGCAGACUACUCAAUUCUUUCUCAUCUUCUAUGCCCGCAGCCACAGUUGAUGAGCUCAACAGGGUUGUAGGGUACCAUCACAGCUACCUCCCUGAAACCCCAAAUCAACUCUCCCACCUUCUUCUUUCGCAGUCGCAGCUCCCCCCUUUGACUUCCCUGCCCACAUCUCAGACAGUCUUCACGGACAAGAUCUGGGAGUGGAAUCCAUCCGUUCCAGACUCUUACACAGGUUUUAAGUGA